UCUCUGCCUCAGUCCCGCCCCCCAGUCUCCCUCAUCCCUCUCUGGGAGCGGAGAGACGUGCGGCUCCCGAUAUCCCCUCAGCGCCCCGGUACCUCCUGCUACAGGCCGGGCAGUGUGUGUGUGAGCGCCCCGGUACCCCCUGCUACAGGCCGGGCAGUGUGUGUAUGUGCCCCCCGCUGUGUGUGAGCCCCCCGGUACCGCCCAGGGGCCAGAGAGCGAGAGAGGGCGGAGCGGAAUUGGGACCUGUGAGCCCUGAGGUGAUUCCCGCCAGUCACACAUUCAGUUCCAGCUGACACUAGCAAGGGGGAGGGGCCUAUUUAACUGUCCGUGACAAUGAACCAAUCAGGCAGUGGGAUGAGCCCAGUCAUCAGCAUCAGCCGAGGGGGAGAGCCGGGUGUCGGCGCCAGUGUUGGACCCCCAGACGGACAGACAGAGGGGAGGGGGAACCCCCCGGUACCCAUGAACCUGUUUGCUACUUGGGAGGUGGACAGAUGCUCCCCCAGCUGUGUGCCCAGACUCUGCAGCCUGACCCUGAAGAAGCUUCUGGUGCAUAAAGAAUUGGACCGAGACUUGGUGUCUGUUGUUAUUGCUGUAAAGUUACAGGGAUCCAAGAGAGUGCUGCGCUCUAAUGAGUACACGUUGCCGCCCUGUGGGGUCAUGGAGACAGACCUGGAACUCACCUUCUCGCUGCAGUACCCCCAUUUCCUGAAGAGAGACACCAAUAAGCUGCAGAUUAUGUUGCAGAGACGGAAGAGGUACAAGAACCGCACCAUUCUGGGCUACAAGUCCCUGGCUAUCGGGGUCAUCAACAUGUCGGAGGUUCUGCAACAUCCCACCGAAGGGAUGAGAGUCCUGGAUCUCCAUAGCAACCGAAAGGACCCCACCAUAAGGGUGGCCGAGAUUAGUAUAUUCUCCUUAUCCAGCCAACCCAUCGACCAGGAGGAUGUCACCGCGCCGCCGUGCCCAAAGCUGAUGGGCCUGGACAUGGAGAGAUACUGGGAGGAGGAAGAGGAGGAGGACAGUUACUCAUCUGAGCCCGAGGGGAGCGACGAAGGCCCAGGCCAGGAUUUGGAUGAUGAAGAUUUUGACAUCAGGAAACCAAAGAAGUUUGGAAGGAAAGUUCUGCGCUCGACUUCCCUGAACCGUCAGCCGAACUUUAAACAGAAGUUUGUGUCGUUACUGAAGAGGUUUAAAGUGAAUGAAGAUCCUCUGGACGUGGAACGGACCUCCCGCGAGCAGGAAGAGGAGGAGGAGCUUGGGCUUCUGUACGACAGUCUGGAUGAGUGUAACAACAGCGAGAGCGGCUUUGAUAUUGAGGAUAAUGAUAGUGUCUUGAGCACCCCGAAACCCACCCUCAGGAGAUACUUCGAGGGAAUUUCCAACUCAGGUUCUCAGACUGAAAUUGGCAGCAUCACUGGUCAGAAGGGGACGGAGAAAACUAACAUUACAAAAGAUCCGGAAAGCGUCAGAGUUGUUCUCCCUUCUCGCUCCGAGGACAGCGAUGGGCGUUCGGCUGCCGAAGCGGCUGAAGCUGCCCCUGCCCCGUCUCUCGCCCCCGACCUCACCACGUGGGACAUUCCAGAGCGGGUACCCCACCUGGGCAGCAUUGGCCGAGCGGAGUCGCAGAUUAUUACUUCCCCCAGGCUGGACCCCAAGCUGAUUCGGGGGCCCCGGAGCAUCUCCAUGAAGGAUCGACUGAAUCCGCGCAUGUAUAGUGAGCGAGGGGGCAGCCAGGAGGGGGAGCAGCGAGUGGGGGCAUUAGACCCCCAUCCCGGGUACCAGAUUCCCCGGAAAUCCGUAUACGACGAACUGAACGAAAUCCUCGGCUCCGAGCAGCAACUUCCCGAGAGCAUCAUCCUGCUGAGCAGCCAGGACUGGCAGGGCCAAUACCUCGGGCAGCAGCUGUCGGGCAAACUCCUUACUGUAUCGACCGGCUCCCCCGCGGAUGUACAGGCGGCAUUUACUGGCAUCAUCACCCGCAUCCAGAGAUACUGUAACUGCAACUCCCUGAUGCCUCCUCCAAUGAAAGUCCUGGUCGCCGGGGAUCAGAGUUUCCUCAACGUCGUUCUACGGUCAUUUGUGGGGCAACUUGCAGGGAAAACGUCCGAUUGGCUGAAUUAUCUGCGAUUCCUCAUUGUGCCCCUGGGGCCCCACCCUCUGGCUAAAUAUCUGGCAUCAGUGGACAGUAAAUAUAAUUCUCUUUUCAUGGACACGGCUUGGAGUGAGCUCUUUAGCCAAGUGGAACCCCCCAGCUCAGAUUGGCUGGACGUGGUUGGGCGGGUCUCGCAGUACGUGGAGGGCGCGUGUGGGUCCCACCAACUCCCCAUCUCGGAGGCGAUGCUCACUUACAGGCAGAGGAGUGCUGAGGAGGAUUCCUGCCAGAAGUUUGUCCCAUUCAUUGGGGUUGUAAAAGUUGGAAUCGUAGAGCAGCCUCUGGCCCCCCCAGUGGAUGAGAACGAGGCUCCUGUCUGUAGCCCCUCCCUCCUGAGUUCUUCUUCCUCGCCUGUGGGGAGCGCCACGCUGAGCAAGGACCCAGUGUGUUCCCCUCCCCCGUCUCCUUCUGUCACCAGCGGCCUCACAUCUUCUGGGGCAGUUCAACAGGGAGUUGAGGUCAUGGGGCUUCAAGUGGAUUAUUGGCAGUCGCAGGGGGCGGAGAGAAAGAAAGAUGGCGACAGAAGAGACGUGGCCAUUAAAAAUACAAUGAAGAGCAACUUCCGCUCCCUCCAAGUCAGUCGCCUCCCAACCCCGGGGGAAACCGCCGUCCCACCCUGUAUGGUCAUGACUAUAGUGACCCAAGAGAAGAACAAGAAGGUUAUGUUCUUAAGUAAGAAACCAAAGGAAAAGGAAGUGGAGUCUCGCAGUCAGGUGAUCGAAGGAAUCAGCCGUCUCAUCUGUACCGCCAAGAACCAGAACACCAUGCUAAGAGUUACCAUCGAUGGUGUGGAGUGGAAUGAUGUCAAGUUCUUCCAGCUUGCUGCCCAGUGGCCCACUCAUGUCAAGCAGUUUCCUGUGGGAAUCUUUGGCUAUUCCAAGUUCCUAGACCAAAUCUGAUCAGUGUCCUUUCAAGGAAUGGCCAGGAGACCCUAUCAAAUGCUUUUUCUGCAUCAGUGGCACAAAACCAGCCUGAUCCUGAUGAAUAAUAGAAGAUUACUACACAAUGCAAUCAAUUGACCUCUCAAAACACACUUCUUCGUUUCCCAUAAUGAAGCAGGUGAGAUCUCUGGAGAAGAAUUGUCCUUUACUAUCCGGUCAAUCAUUUCGCCUAUUUUAGAUUUAACUUCUUUUUUGUGUAGUAACAAAUCAUUGAAUCUCCAAACCAUUUCCUUUACCACCGUCCGUGGAACUAUAAAUGAAAAUUUAAUUGGAGAAUGAUCUGAUAAUAAACUACAUUCUAUAGAGGAAUCUUUAACCAAAUGCAGCCAAUUCUGUGAAAUAAAAAUAUAAUCAAUUCGGGAAUAAACUUUAUGAGUUUUUGA